AUGCCCACAAGCGAGAUCAAAGCUGAACAGGGCUUGAGCCAAGUAGAAAUUCACGAAACGCGACUUGUAGACUGGGAUGGCAUUCAUGAUCCAGAAAAUCCUCUCAACUGGCCUUUGAAGCGGAAGUGGCUCACCUGCAUCCCUAUGUCUCUAUUCAACUUCAUAGGUGCAUUCAUCUCAGCAGAAGUCGCCCCCGCUUUGAGCACCAUUCAAAAGGACCUUGGCGUUCGCUCGGACACUGUGCUCAUCUUGUGUCUCUCCAUAUACUACCUGCCAUAUGCCAUUGGACCCAUGAUAGCAGCACCCUUGUCAGAGACGUUUGGCAGAGUGCGAGUGCUGCAGUUGGCCAAUGUGCUCUUCAUCAUCACACUACUCGCGUGUGCUCUUGCGCAUACUCCAGCACAGCUCAUUGUUUUCCGAUUCUUCUCAGGUCUGGCCGGUUCUGUUCCUCAAGUGAUUUGUAGCGGCGUUAUCGGCGACAUAUUCACCAGAGAACAACGCGGGAAAGGUGUCGCCCUCUACACCAUAAUACCGAUGAUCGCACCGGCAAUCGGCCCAAUUGUAGGCGGCUUUAUCGUGACGAGAUGGUCCUGGCGUGUUUGCUUUUACUCUGCCGCCAUCGGCAGCGGUCUGGUACAACUCUUCGGCCUAUUCUUCCUGCGAGAAACAUUCGGUCCAGCGAUCCUGAAGCUCAAGCGCGAUGCAUUGCGUACGAGCACCGGCAACAACUGCUAUCGUACGAAGCAUGACUCUCAAAGUCUUGCGCAGAAGCUCCGAGAGAGCCACACCCGACCUUUCCGUAUGCUGGCACGCCCUCUUGUGCUAUGGCUCAGCAUCCACGUGGCGUACAUCUACGGCAUAGCCAUGCUUAUGUUGGCCACGUUUCCUAUGACGUGGAAUGGCCUAUACGGCCAGCCGAUCUUCCUGGGCUCACUCAACUACAUCUCCAUAGGCGUCGGACUACUCGUGGGGAUCCAGAUGGGACAACCGGUGAAUGCCCUCCUGUAUCGCAAGCUCACGGCUAGGAAUCAAGGCAUCGCUCAACCGGAGUUCCGGCUCCCUCUGCUGUUCAUCAGCUGCGCGUUCGUACCCAUUGGCCUCUUCUGGUACGGAUGGUCGGCGCAGGAGAGAGUGCACUGGAUUGUGCCCAACAUCGGUGCUGCCAUAUUCGUUGCGGGCACCGCGGGCACCUUGCAGAGCAUCCAGACAUACGUCAUUGACGUCUACCUCAGUUACUCUUCAAGCGCGAUGGCAGCGAUUACGAUACUGAGAAGUAUUGCUGCCUGCGCGCUGCCUCUGGUCGCACCGGCUAUGUUUCGCAACCUUGAAUGGGGAUGGGGCAACAGUCUCCUGGGCUUCAUAGCGCUUGGAUUCGGAGUCGCCGCCGCAGUCGGCUUGUUGAGAUUCGGAAAGGUUCUUAGAGAAAAGAGUAUGCUCUGUGAAUGCAAUGCAUAGCCGGAACGCGAUCUGGACCCCAUGAGGCUUGGUGUUCGCACAAUGGUGACGUUUGGUGUGCUGAAUGUGGGCUCCAUACUAGAGUCCGAUCGCUUCAGGCCUCAGCUCCUCGAGCAGCGUUGCUGUAGGCGUAGGUGGUUUGGCAGUACUGCUUGCGUUCGACGCCCCGCUCCGUACGUCGAGGCCAGCUGGCAGCAGAGUAGACUCUCAAUAGAAGUCGUCGUCGCUCAAAGACUGGUAUCGAGCCACUGCCAGGGCGCUCGCCGUCGAACGUGACUAGUUGUCUGCUCGUACGCGAAACACAUUGUAGAGGAUGCAUCGGAAAACAACAGAAGCUGGCUUUCG